UCCAAAAUACUCAAAUCCCUGAAAAAAAAAAUCGAAACCCUAGAAUCCAAAAUACUCAACAUCAAUGUCCUCAUCUCUCGGUCCGAGCAUCUGGAAGGCUAUCGCCGGAGCUGGCACCGGAAAGAUCCCCGCCGUCGGAUCCCUCGUCUACUACUUCCCCCAGGGCCACGCCGAGCAAUCCUCUACUCCGGGGAACUUAUCUUCGAUCGCCGACGCCGAACCCUACUCCCUAUGCCGCGUCUCCGCCGUCCGCCACCUUGCCAACCCCGACUCCGACGAGGUCUUCGCCUCGAUCCUCCUCGAUCCUGCAACCUUCUUCUCCGGCGCCGCCGGAGGGAGGACCUCUCCGCUGCCGCUGGAUGCUGAGGUGGUGUCGUUCGCCAAGGUCCUGACCCCGAGCGACGCCAACAACGGGGGAGGGUUUUCGGUGCCGAGGUUUUGCGCGGACUCGAUCUUCCCGGUGCUCGAUUUCAACGCCGAUCCUCCGGUGCAGAACAUCACGGUGAUCGAUGUGCACGGGAAAAGCUGGGACUUUCGGCAUAUUUACCGCGGUACCCCUCGCCGGCAUCUCUUGACUACCGGAUGGAGCCGGUUUGUUAAUAGCAAGAAGCUUGUUGCUGGUGAUUCCGUGGUUUUUAUAAAGAAUGGUGAUGGGAAACUGUUUGUUGGGAUUCGGCGCACGGGGAGGUCUUGUGGGAAUCCAGAGUACUUGAGAUUGGAUGAGAAUUUUAGUAAUGUGGGGAGUAAGAAUGGGUUCUCGAGGAAUUUGAAGGGUAGGGUCCCGGUGGAAUCUAUAGUGGAGGGGAUUAGAUUAAUGAAGGUGGGGCGCGAGUUUGAGGUUUUGUACUAUCCAAGAGCAGGAUCGCCCGAGUUUGUGGUGGAGAAGGAGGUGGUUGAUAGGUCUCUUGUGUUCGAUUGGAGAGAGGGUAUGAGGGUCAAGAUGUCGGUGGAGACUGAGGAUUCGUCGAGGAUGACGUGGUUUCAUGGGACUGUCAGCCGCAAGGGCAUCAAGAAUUCGUGCCCAUGGUCAUAUUCUCCGUGGCGAAUGCUGCAGGUGACGUGGGAUGAGCCUGAGGUUUUGCCAAAUGUAAGAGCUGUUAGUCCUUGGCAAGUUGAGUUAGGGCCUAUCUCCACCCAUGUGCAGGCACAAUUUCCUGUCUUCAAAAAGCUUAAGGUUCCACAGACUCCUGAGUUAUGUAGCGAAGGCAAUGGAAACAUCCAUUUCACUCAGUCACUCACCAAUAGUGUGAAGAUGGAGAAAACCCCACUCUUCAAUGAUCCUACAUUUCCUGCUGGCAUGCAGGGAGCCAGGCAUGGUUUCGGUGUACCAAGUUUAUAUGACUUCGUACACAGGAACACCAAUUAUAUGUUCUUUAAUAAUCUGUAUGGCAUUAAUAUGCCAGAAGAGUUGAGUACAUCACAAUCAGAAGCUGCAUCACCUCCUAGCCAAGAAAGCAUCCAUAAUCAUGGUCUGGAGCUUUUAGGACUUGCAGCUUGUAAACAAACUAGGAAACUUACCAAGGGAUCAUUUCAGCUGUUUGGUCAGAUCAUUCAUAUAAACCAGCCUAAUGAUGACAAUGGUGACGGAGACUGCACCAAAAAUGAAGGUGGUCGAUCACUUGAAUUUUCACUAUCACAUGACUUGUUACUCAAUGGUGUUGAUGUCCAGCGUCGAGGAAUUUCAGCUUUAGAAGCAUGUUCUUUAUGAAGCCUUGGAGUCAUGCAUUUGCAGCAUGAAACCUUGUACAGGUACUGGGUGGCUGUGUUAGAUGAAGAGGACAUGGAGCUCAGCCUGAAGCUGUGUAAGAAGGCCUUGACCUCGUCUUGACGGGCUAACUCAACGUCACUUUUAACUGCUGGUGUUGACCCCUUUGGUACAAUUGCUGAAUCUUGUAGGCUUUUAAUGUGUGUCGUGUGUAUAUGGCAUCUGAAUAUUUUCAUUUACAAGGAAAACGUGUUGACAGUUAAAUGCGUUCCAAUUUAGCUAGCUAAUUAGCCGCUAGUUGAUUCGACGUGCUAAUUUUUUUUUCUAACAUUGAAGUUCGUUUGAUCCCCUGAUUAUGGGAUGUUAUAUUGAGUAUGGGACUUCAAUGGCUGCGCUAAAAUGAUAAAGCUGAAGCCAAUAAAUAAGAAGAGAAUAUGACGAUGUUUGUGACGACGACGAACCACUUUCAAGCUGGAUCCUGGGGGAAAAAGUUAUGCUAUCGGAUAGAUGUUCAAUUUGUUUGUUAUCUUUGUUUGAUUUUUAUAGUCUGGUAUGUUUCUAGGUAAGUUUUUGUUGAAAUGCGUCUGUCACGGUUAGCGGCUGACGAUGCUUUUAUCAAAGGCAGUGGUGGUCUUGGUAACCUGCGUUUCGUUUA